UCGGACGACGAAGACGAGGGAGACGACAACGACGAAGAGCUUUCGGAACUCGACGACGAUGAACUAGAUGCCGUUGACGCCGAUGAUGACGAGCUUGAGUCAGAAGACGACAGCGACGCACAUGUCCCGGACGUCAAGGAUGCCCAGGCUGCUGCUCAAGCCGCUCUCGAGAGCAACAACCGCAAGAGAAAGAGAAAGGACAAGGAGCCCGAACUAGAAGAUGUAUACAUGGACAAACUCGGUCGCGAAGAGGAGAAGGCUAUUGCCAAGGCAAAGGAAGACCGCAACUCUAAGCGCCAGAAGAAGGAGAAGAAGGCAGACAAGGACUCUGACGACAGCGACAGCGAUGAGGAGGACUCGGACCGUGCUGACGCCAUGGAAAUGUCACCACCUCCCGUGCACGAGACUCUGGAGCCUGACAACGACUCGGAUCUGGUAAAAGCACAACGUACCGUCUUCAUCGGCAACGUAUCCGCCGAAGCAAUCACAUCAAAGACAGCAAAGAAGACUCUGAUGCGCCAUCUGGAAUCAUUCUUCGAGGACAUUGCAGACGCUGAGAAGGGCCAGCCCGCACACAGCGUAGAGUCUCUUCGUUUCCGCUCAACCGCUUACGCCAGUGCCAUCCCCAAGAAGGCCGCCUUCGCAAAGAAGGAAAUCAUGGUCGAGACAACAAGGUCCACAAACGCAUACGCUGUCUACUCGUCGAACGCUCUGGCUCGCGAAGCCGCCAAACGCUUGAACGGAACAGUCGCCCUGGACCGCCAUAUCCGUGUCGACGAGGUUGCCCAUCCCGCAAAGACCGAGCCCAGGCGAUGCGUCUUCGUCGGUAACCUUGGUUUCGUUGACGACGAGAGCAACAUUGACAAGGCCAAUGCUGAGGAGGGCAAGGGUACACGCAAGGGCAACAAGACCCCCAGUGAUGUCGAGGAGGGUCUAUGGCGCACAUUCUCAACCUGCGGCAAGGUCGAGAGUGUCCGCGUGCCUCGCGACCCCCAGACCAGAGUGGGAAAGGGUUUCGCAUACGUGCAGUUCACCGCAAAAAAUGCCGUCGAAGCCGCUCUCCUUCUCAACGAGAAAAAGUUCCCUCCCAUGCUGCCUCGCAAGCUCCGCGUCACUCGCGCAAAGACCAUCAAGCGCAACGUCAAGCCCGGCAGCAACGCCGUCAAGGCCCCCGGUGCCGCCUCCAAGGGCAUUUACAACCCCAAAGCCGACCCCGUCAUGCAAUCCAACAUGGGUCGUGCAGGCAAACUGAUGGGUCGUGCAGCAGCAGCCCAAGGUUUCAAAACUCCUGAGAGCUUCAUCUUUGAGGGCCACAGAGCUAAGGCUGGUGCUGGUAAGAGUGGGCUCAAGUUGGGUGGGUCUGGAAAGAAGAAGGGCAAGCCGAGAACUAGAAGCAGUAACAGAGCUGCUGCUUGGAAGGCUGGCGGUGGUAAGAAGAGAGAGUAG